CCGUCUGUCGCGGAUGUCCUACGGUUAAAACGGUACCUGCAACGCAAGCUUCCUAUGGAGCUUAUUGAGAGGAUUAUCGACGAGGCAUCUUACUGGCCACACAGUACGCUUUACAUCGAGCGGCCUAUCACCGUUCCACUUUACAGGGAAGGAAAGCGUUCUGAAGAAGGGAUAUUUAUAAGGACGCUCCCUCUUGGCGUUCACGGUACUGAGGGCGAAUUCAGGAUCCUCGAGAAAGACUUCGAGGCCGAUGGGGCAGCUUGGGAGAGGAAGCUGCUACUUGGCGGACGAGACGACACCUUACCAUCCGCGCCGAUGCUAUCAUCGCAUCCGUGCAGAAAGAUAGAGUUCCAGAAUUGGACUCAUGAUCAAAGAUUGAGGAAGCAGUUUCCUCAUACCUUCACCGCAUCAUACGUAUGGUGCGAUGUCAGCAUAGAGAGAUUGGAGACGCCCAUCUCUGACACCAUCGAAUGGCCGGCGCGCUUUCUUUUCAACGAGUGUAAAACAGAACUAUCAAUUAUCCCACAAGACACCGGGAGUCCAUUAUUUCCCCUCAGCACGAAACUCUCAAAAAAUCUCGCGGCAAAGACCUCGGGAUCAGAUCACACCAUGUUUUGGCACGCCAGCGAUGCAUUUGACAAGGAUGCUGACGGUGACUGCUUUUGGCAUUUUCUUGACAAUACCUUUGACAGGCAAGACGCCAAGACAGCAGAGGUGGGGAAAAUGGUGCGCAGCUUGCGAGUAGGAGAUUGCAUGUCCCUGUUUGCUCAUUCUCGGUUUCCCAACUCUGAAGGUAAAGUUCAUCAGGCCAGGGUCAGUGUGUAUUGGGCUGUGUAG